CUUUUUCUUACAAGUCGGUUGGUCAGAUUUGAGUGAUGCGGGCGGUAUCACUACGUAGGCUGAGAAGAAAACCAAACAUUGUCUACAAAAUAAACAGCAGAAACUAUGAAAAACACUACGUCGGACCGAGUGGUUGCACUCUUCGUAUCCGUCUAUAUGAACAUCAACCAGCAGUUAAGCAUCAUGACAUCGCCUAUCGUAUCAAUUUAUUAUUAUUAUUAUUUGUCCCUUGGGUUCCUAGUGGAACAUACGGCUUCAGUAGCACGUCACCAUUUCACUCUGUUCUCUGCAGUCUUUUCAACGUGGCUCCACGACCCCCCAGAAGCUUUCAUUUCUUCCUUACAUGAUCUCCUCCAUGUCACCCUUAGCUGGGACGCCCAACUCGUCGUUUCCCCUUUGGAUUCCACUUGAGGG